AUGAAUACAAAUUUGCAAAAAUCUUGCAUGCAACUUGUAGGUCUAGAUAGUGAAAUUGGAGAAAUUACUCAAUAUGAGUUAAGAAAUAUUCAAUAUCAAUUUGCUAAUGAUAAAGCAAAUAAUUGUAAACCAACUAAAAAAACAGCGCAAGAAAUUCUUGAUA